AUGCGGCAGGGGGCUAGGCGGCGCCGCUGGGGGCGGGGCUAGGCAUGGGGUGGCGGUGGCCAUGUCGCUGCAAGAGGACCCGGUGCAGCGCGAGAUCCACCAGGACUGGGCCAACCGCGAAUACAUCAAAGUGAACACCAGCUCCAUCAAGAAGAUCGCGGAUUUCCUCAACUCCUUCGACAUGUCCUGCCGCUCCCGGCUCGCCACCCUCAAUGAGAAGCUGACCGCGCUGGAGCGACGGAUUGAGUACAUCGAGGCCAGGGUGAGGGGUAGAGCAGGGGAGGUGACACUAGGGGACAGGCCUGGUGUGGGAGGAGGGAUUGCCCUGCGAGUAGCUCGGUGCGGGCUCAGCCCAUGCUUAGCAGCUCAGGGACAGUAUUGCCCUGCUCUCCCGCCCAAACCGCCCAGCUAGGCAGUAACACUGUGCCCAGCACCAUCCACCAGCUGAUCU